CACCUAGCAGGAGCGCAAGGGAAGGAACGCGCACUAGAGGGAGCGCUCCUGUAGGGGUGGACUGGAGGGACGGCGCGCUAGUGGGCGCUCACCAGCGGGAACGCAAGGGAGGGCACGCGACUGGUGGGAACGCACCUGCGGGAGCGCGCAUUAGAAGGAGCGCACCGGGCGAACCGGAAGGGGAGCGCGGCAGCGGGCGUUCGCAAGGGACGCCGGGAGUCUCUGUGUCUAGCGGCGCCGGACAGGGAAACUUCCUUAGCUUUGCAAUUGCCCAAGGUUAGGCUCCGCCGGCUCUCGCAGGGGCGGGUUGUGGUUUGCAGGAGAUGCUAAGGUAAUAAUCUUCAGUAGUCAAGAUGUCUUCAGCACCGGAUCCUCCAACAGUUAAAAAAGAACCAUCAAAAGAGAGAAACUUUGAAAACCCAGGCCUCCGAGGGACGCACCCAACAACCUUGUUUCGAGCUGUGAAUCCUGAGCUCUUCAUUAAACCUGUUCUGUAUCAACCAUGACCCCCAAAUAUUAAUAUUUGUUUUGACCAAAGAGGAAAAGGACAUAUAAUUACUUAUGUUCUUAUAAUUGUUCUAUCUUAUUAUUGUCAGUUGUGCAUUGUCUUUAGUUUAUAAAUCAAACUUUGUCAUAGACAAGAGUUAUAAGAAACCCAUAGUACAUACUGUAUAAGGGUCUGGUACAAUCUAUGGUUUUAGGUAUUUACUGAGGUUCUAGGAAUGCUUCCUCCUUGGGCAAGGGUGAUUAAUAUAGGAGGCAUGGAGGGAGAAGCAGAAACUACUAUUUGUAUUGCUACCACACAUGUGCACCAUCCAAGGAAAAGCCAAUUUAGUGAGUAUAAACACGUACAAAGGUAGGCAUAUCUGGUUUAUAUAUUUACAGGGAUUGCAAAGAUAGACAAGUACUUCUCUUGAAACUUUCCAUCCCUUUAAUUCAACGCUAUAUUGACUAAGCUAGCUCUGUCAGUCACCAGGGUCUCGAGGGAGUGAGUGAAUGAGUGGGGAUUAAAGGGGGGGGGGAAGACAAUUACACAGCACUGUAACAUGACCCCAGCAAUUGCUGAGGCCCGAUUUCAAAUUCUUUCCUGAGCCUACUUCUUUGUCCUAGCCCAACAUAAAUAUUCUUGCCAGUAUCCUUGAAGCAGUAUCUUGCAGUAUCUCUACACUUUAUCACUUUGAUUUUAAGAGUCUUGAGUCUUCCAGCAAUACUUCAAGGUAAUUAAAACAGCAUAGUAUCUGUUUCAGUUGCUAAAUUUCUUGAAUAGUGUAGGUUCCCAAAGCAGGGUAUAUGUUUUCAUUGGUGUGCAUUACAUAAUUAUGAAAGGUUUCUGUGACCAUUGCCCAUGUGCUGAGCAAGAGAAAUGGCAUGUGUACUACACCCCUCAAGUUCUAAUUAAGUAAACUAAGUCACAGCUGCAGCUCAGAGAGGUAACAGCUCCAGAACAGCUCCAUGCCUCUCUCCUCAGUGGCCUCUCACCUUCCUAGAGUGGAAGCCUAAGCUGUCCAGGCCACAGAAAGAAGGCUGGAGAUGAGAAGCAAGACUCUUACAUCACCUGUAAAUUACUCCACAGUUAAGCUGAUUGGAUAAAUGAUUGUAACAAAUCAAAUGAUUGAACGUACAGCCCUUCUACUUGUCACGCUACCCUUUUCUUUCUUUGGCAGAACAAACCUGUGAUGGCUUUUGGAUUGGUAGCCCUUUCACUCUGUGUGGCUUACAUUGGUUAUCUGCAUGCAACGCAAGAGAACAAAAAGGACCUCUAUGAAGCCAUUGACAGUGAAGGGCAUCGGUACAUGAGGAGAAAAACAUCCAAGUGGGACUAAAUGCUCCUUCCUUCAGGCGAACCCUUAUCUCAGGCUCUGGCACCUUUAGAGGAAAGACCAUUGGUGCAUGGAAUUAUGGUUUUUGUUCCAUAAUAUGUUAACAAGGAAGAAUAUACAAUUGAAAGCAAUCUACUGUGCUAAGUUUAGUCUGGUUCCAGCUGAAGCUAUUAAAGUCUGUGUAAUAAAAGUACUCAGUACUGUUAAAUUUGCAUGGCGUUUCUAAUGUUUUAAAGUGAAUUGUGCCUUUACUGUUUAGUAGAGAAGAUAGCCCCUUCAGCUACUGAAAUCAUGAUUAAAUGAAAGAAUAAAACAAA